AUAGUAUAUAAGAGACUCCUUUCACUUCUCUAAAUGUUAGUUGAGUGAUAACACUAGUUUGUACACAGGGCAACUCUAUUACCAUUUGAGGUUUUAGGAUUACCAUGAGACUGCUUCCCGAAUCCACCCUUUCUCUGAUCUUCCUAAUGACUUGGACUGAGCUCUUUCACUUCACUAUGGGCCGUCCUGUUUCUUCGUCACAUGGAAGAGAAGGCCUGCAGAGACUUCAGGACGAAAUGCGCAUACUGUCCACAUUGUUAACGGAGAAAAUGGAUAUGUCAGAGAUGAUGGAAGACUUUGAACGUGACCUUACCUCACUACCCACACUGAGAUUCACAGCACAAGACCUGAAAUCUCUUGAGGUGAGCAGCACCUUAGCACAUCUGAACUCCGGUCUUACAUCAUUUCUCUUUCACCUUGACUGGCUGAUGCAGAAACAGAACGAAUUUGAGAUGGAUUCUAGUAAGACAGAGAAGCUCAUUCAUCGCAUCAAAAGCAUCAGCCGCAAAGUGCUCAAAGAGAUUGGGAGCGCACCACCCGAGUUUGUACGCCCUACCCUGCCUACCCUAAAUACAUCCUGGAGUAUGUACCAGACCACAAUGGAGAUCCAAAAGAAACUGUAUUUAUUCUGUGACUGGUACAGGAGAGCUCUCGGAGUUCUGAAACGUAGACGAUAGCGGCUCAUAUCGAAUGAAGCCUGUAGCCCUCCUCUCAUCUCCAUGCUGUCGGCACAGUGGCCUUAAAGUUUCCAAUUCCUUAAAGGAGGGGUAAGCGGUAUUGGACAAGUACGUUGGGCCGAGUACCAAAACACACUUGUAGCUAAUCAUCAGUAAGGGGCGUGUCUACUAAUAAUGGGGAGGAUAGUGCGCUCAGACUUACUUGCGCUACUGCAAGUAUUUAAGCCUGCAGCAUGUGUAUGCGUUCUAUGUCUCCUGUUACCAGGCAUUUGUCCGCAGCAACAUACCAACCUCUGCUUCUUCCUCUUGUGGCGAUUGUUUAACGUCCAAGGGGCAAACUUCCAAUCCCACUCGUGAAUCCAACACCAAAGCGACUUACACUUUUGUGACUUAAACCUUUUGAGUGACUACCGUUGAGCUAAGAGGGUGUGGUUUCAACAUCCAGGCACCUCAGCUCCAUACGUUCCACCUCUUUGUCCAUUUUUUAUCCGUGAGUGACUCGUGGUGAUGCAAUACUGGCCCACCCACUUUUGGCUUCAGAAAUGCCAAAUUCCUUUUAAGGAAGCGCUGCCAUAUUUGCAAUGCCUCAGGUCUUGCUAGAACAAGACUUGUCGAUCCUGCACAUGUCAAAGGAUCCUAUUAUUUGAAGAUGGUCGAUUGGCUCUUUUACUGGGAGGCGGGACUAGAGCUAUUCUUUAUUUACAUUAAUACCAGUGAUGCAUCUUGUUAAUAUUAAGUAUCUUCUAAAAAGCUCUUCGGACACCUACGGGUGACGUCACGGACACUACGUCCAUGUUUUAUACAGUCUAUAGGUACAUUCACAUUAUAAGCGACUUUGUCGCUGUGUGUCGCUCGUCUCUUUCAAUUGAGGCAUUUCUAAAUCUGGUUGUCAUAAACAAAUGAGUAACGUCCAAUCCAGUAAGUGACGAGAGACGGAUAACGUGAACUCCACUGCUUUGCUCUCAUUGGUAGUCACUCCCGAAAGGCGUUCAUAAUUUUCAUAAAGUUAAACAUUUCUUUGUCAUGUGUCGCCAAUUUUCCAUUGAAAUCAAUGAGAUUGCGUCGCUCUGCUAUUGCUAUUCGCUGCUAGCCUGAAUGCAGCUUAUGUAAGCGUUGCCUUCCGCCUGAAACUAAGCAAAACCAUUAACACGUUAAAACAUGCAGUACUAGUACCAAAACGCAUUUGACCUGGAUUACCGGCUGGCACAGCAUAUUCAUUGCCUGGGUGGGUUGUGUAUGUAUGUGUGGGGCGGGUCUAUCAAAUUAGGCUCCGAAACCUUUUGAGGGUAGCUGCGUGUUUGUUUUGGUGUUUUGAAAUAUUUGAAAUAUAUACCCAAAAAAAGCUUAUCCCUCCUUUAACUCUUCUGUUCUGACAGAUUCCUCCAUUUCAUUUUAUCCUGAAUAAGAGGAGUUUUUCAUACAUUUCAUAUUUAAAUUAUAUAUUUAAUAUUUAAAGUUAUUUAUUGAUGAGUUGUUUGUUUACAUUGAAGUAUUUUUGUAAAAUGUUUUCAAUAAGGGUGUAUUAAACAUUAGUAAAUGCAUUAACUAACAGACAUUAAUACAUCAUGUAUUAAUUCAUGUUAAUGUUAGUUCAUGUCAAUACAGUUAGUCAUGUAAGUUCAUGGGGCAUUAGUUAAUGUGAACACUUACAAUGCUUGGUUUUAUAAAUGUAGUACUUUACAUGAACUAACUAAAUGUAACUAAUACAACCUUAUUGCAAAGUGUUACCAGUAUUUUUUAUACACAAAGUGGAUGAGACAGCACUUUAUGAAAAUCUUGCUUGUGCCAAAUGGGACUUUGUGAAAUCAACUGCAGGCAGUUGCUAAAAGUGGUCACUAGAUGUCGCCAUGUAACACAUUAUUGUGCUAUAGUGAAAUGAUGCAGUCUAGGUCGUGCAGUUAUUUAAUUUUUUUAUUUAUUUAUUUCGAUCACGUCCUACUUGACAUAUCAAAGUGCCAAAUUAUAAUUUGGGUCUUAGAAAAAACAAGAAAAUUACCUUAAAAGUUUUAUUAAGGCUUAUUCAUUCAAAGAACUGUUGAACAAAUGAAAUGAUGUGAGGAAUAAAUUUGGUUUUAAUGUUUAUACCUUUGUUCAGAUUACAUAAUAUUAAAAUACAUAUUUUCCAGAUUUCCCAGGAACAAAAAAACUCUGUCUGUUCCUCACAGCUUUGUUUACAUGCAGCUUUGUUUUACGUUUUGAAAUGCACACAAUGUCUGUGACGUUACCUUUUGUUUAUUCUUUACUUGUGUUUAGUCUACAUUGUGAAAAUGUAAGAGAUUGUGAACUGAUGCAGGAUGCAGUAACUAAGGUCAAAGUUUUUCCAAGUUUAAGAGUUUAAGACAACAGACUGACACAUUCAUACAAAGCCUAAAUUUACGUUGUUUAGUCACCAGGCCCAUAAUGAAGUGGUGUUAACAUUUGAUAAUCAUUUGGAAAAAUCAUUCAUUUGUAAGAGAAGUAUGUCUACUAAACUCUAAUGCACCAUGAUUUAAGAUGCAUAUGAUUCAGUGCUUGUAUGAGUCACAGUGUUACUUGUUUUUAUUUUUCAUACAUUUCAAUAUUUAUUUAUUUUUGUAUUUAUUAUUUGUGUAUUUAAUUGUUUCAUCACAUUGUUUUUCAAUAAAAAUGUUACAUUACAAUUUUACAUUCUGUGCCAAGGAGAUACUAAAGUAUGGGAACAUUGUGUUUGGAACCAAUAUGUACUUUUGGGGUACUAAUAUGCGCUCAUUGAUACCCGCAUGUACCUCUCAGUUACUAAUAUGAACUUACAAAGGUGUACUUUUUGAAAGGGUACAGCAUGGGACCAUUUUAUGAUCAUUUAUUCUGACAGUGUAC